UUGUAGGCCACACUUGGCGAGUUGUCCUAGGCUUAGGAGGCACAGGCACUAUCUUAAAAUCGAGCGACUGCCUCCUCGCUUCGGGAGGAUGUCCUCAGCCGCUGAGAAUGAAAAAACAAACAAGAAAAAUGGAAAACUUUGGGAGGUGGAAGAAUCUAACUAUCUUAAUCAUGGAGAAGAAGAUGAAAUGGAGAUCUACGGAUAUUGCCUGAGCCGUAUACACAAUACAGUGAUGUGGAUGUUCAUCUUCCUCUCACUGGGGCUGUUACGACUCGUCUUUCAUUGGUGGCCUGAGUGGAUGCUCUUCCUCUCCCACAAACGAUGUCCGCUGGCUCAGGCUGAAAAAGUAUUGGUUUUGGACAGAUAUGAAAAACGGUUCACCUCAUUGUUCAUAAAAGAUGUUAAAAGGAUGUCUGCAGUUAAUCAAAGUUUACAGGAAGGACAAGAUCAUUCUGAGCCUAUGAAGCAGUUAGAUCCUUAUCAGCUUUCAAGGGCGAAGAAGAGUCAUCCCAUAGAGGUCUUCGAGAUCCACCUUGCUAAAUCUGCCAUAAAAGAGGUGGAAGAAAUACGAGCCAUAUGGGUGAAGAAGUUAUGUUACAUUUGGGACGACGACAAGAACAGUUUUCUUAAGCUUGUGGGUUUAGACCAGGGAGUAACUAAAAGUCAGCUUCAUGAAUAUCAUGGAUUGGACCACAAGGAACAAUACAUGAGGAGAGUUAUCUACGGAAAGAACGAAAUCCUCGUAAAACUACAGACAAUCUUAACUUUGAUCCUGUUGGAGGUGUUGAAUCCGUUUUACAUCUUCCAAGUUUUCACAAUUUGUGUAUGGUUUGCUGAGAAUUAUAUCUACUACACUUUUGCCAUCAUGACCAUGUCAUUGUUCGGAGUGUCAUCUGCAGUCAUACAAACACAUCAGAACCAGAAGAACUUGCAUCGUACUGUACAUGCAACAGAUAUUGUGACAGUUCGACGCGGCGACGGCAGCUACGAGGACAUCCCCACUACCCACCUGGUGCCUGGUGAUGUCAUUGUGAUUCCGACGCAUGGCUGCUUAAUGCAUUGCGAUGCUGUGCUACUCGUUGGCAACUGCAUCGUGAACGAAAGCAUGCUAACUGGUGAGAGUGUACCAGUAACUAAAACAGCUCUUCCCAACGAGAAUGUUUUGUACUGUGAACAAGAAGAUGCCAACCACACUCUCUUCUGCGGCACUAAGGUCUUGCAGACUCGCUACUACGGCAAUGAGAAGGUCCAUGCAGUCGUGGUACGCACAGGCUUCCUAACCUCCAAAGGAUCUCUCGUCAGAUCUAUCCUCUACCCUCCUCCUGCAGACUUCAAGUUUGAUCAAGACUCGUACAAGUUCAUUUGGAUCCUGGCUUUCAUAGCGCUGAUUGGACUAAUCUACACAAUAAUCAUAAAAAGCAGUAGGGGUCUGCAGCCAGGUGACAUUAUCCUGAAGGCAUUGGACAUCAUCACUAUAGUCAUCCCACCGGCCCUGCCGGCCACGAUGACCAUCGGCAAGCUGUAUGCCCUCAGUAGACUCAAGAAGUACCAGAUAUCCUGCAUCAACUCUAGAGUGAUCAAUGUGUCCGGCUCCAUCGACUGUGUGUGCUUUGACAAGACAGGUACACUUACGGAGGACGGGUUGGACAUGUGGGGUGUCGUACCCGUAACAAACUCUCACCUCCAUCCACCAGUCAGAGACGUGGCCAAGAUGCCGCUCACGCCACUCUUGUAUGGGAUGGCAUCCUGUCACUCGCUCACCAUCAUUGACGGCGUCGUCUGCGGCGACCCACUCGAUGUAAAGUUGUUUGAUUCAACUGGUUGGAUAUUUGAAGAACCGGAAAUUGCAGACACCUCGAAAUAUGACCUCAUGGUACCUUCAGUGGUGCGUCGUCCUUUAAAAAAGCAAACUGAUGAUGAACAGCCUUUGGAGAUGGGUAUUAUCCACCAGUACCAAUUCUCAUCAAAACUACAAAGAAUGAGCGUGAUCACUCGACAGCUCGGCUCCAGGGAUUUGACGGUUUAUUGCAAGGGAUCUCCCGAGAUGAUACAAUCGUUGAGCAAACCACACUCGGUUCCGCCGAACCUAAUGUCAGCGUUGCAGGAGUACACGGAACAAGGUUACAGAGUGAUAGCUAUCGGUUACAGAGUUCUGGAAGAGUCGGAUUAUGUCAAGGUACAAAAGAUGAGCAGGAAUGAAAUCGAAAAAGAUUUAGAAUUUUUAGGUCUCAUCAUAAUGGAGAAUCGGCUGAAACCUCAGACAACUGGAAUAAUCAGCAUGUUGAAAGGAGCGAGAAUCAAAGUGGUUAUGGUCACAGGUGACAAUAUUCUGACAGCUGUGAGUGUUGCGAAAGAAUGUGGAAUUAUUGAGGCAGGGGAAACUGUUGUAGAAGUUAUUGCAGAGGAGGAAAACAACUGCAAUCCACCACAAAUUCUAUACUCUUGUGGUGGCAGCCUUCUUAAGAAGGCUGCAGAAGCAAUUACAGAGGAGCCCAGUGAUUUACGAGACUACGAGAUGGGGAUUAAAGUGACUGCUCCCUACAGGAUUGCUAUAUCUGGCAAGUCCUGGGCAGUCAUCCGGGAACAUGCUCCAGAGUUGAUCCCUCGAAUAGCCGUGCGCGGAGCUGUGUUUGCCCGAAUGAGCAGCGACCAGAAGCAACAGCUGAUCCAGGAAUUACAGCAGCUCGGCUACUAUGUCGCAAUGUGUGGAGAUGGUGCCAAUGACUGUGGAGCUCUCAAGGCAGCACACGCAGGAAUCUCACUGUCAGAGGCAGAGUCAUCGGUCGCUUCUCCAUUCACUUCCGCCAUCCCCAACAUCUCCUGCGUACCCAGGGUCAUCCGGGAAGGUCGAGCGGCCUUGGUCACCUCCUUUGGCGUCUUUAAGUUCAUGAUUCUCUACAGUAUUAUGGAGUUCAUGUCAACAAUCAUUCUUUACAGCAUUGACAGCAAUCUGACUGACUUUGAGUUUCUCUUUAUAGACAUCUGCCUUGUUGUGCACCUGGCGUUCUUCUUUGGACGGAAUAAAGCAUACUCCGGCCCAUUAGUGCCAGAAGUGCCUUUGACAAGUCUUCUCUCUAGGAUUCCGAUCAUGUCGCUGCUGCUGCAAAUCAUCGUAAUGUCACUCGUUCAGCUGAUAUCGUUCCUAACAGUUCAAAAGUACUCUUGGUUCGAGCCUUUCAAGUACGUAGGAGCCACGUAUUACAUCUCUUACGAGAACUAUGCGGUAUUCUCCGUGGCUCAGUUUCAAUACAUCAUUAUGGCUUUUAUUUUCUCCCAAGGAGCACCCUACAGAGAACCUAUCUAUAAGAACAAAAUCUUCUUCACUUCUCUAUGCGUUAUGACUUGCGUCUGUAUCUACAUAACUGUUUCACCCGCUCAAUGGCUCAUCCGAUUUCUCCAACUGCGUUUCCCACCACAAAUUGAUUUUCCGAUGGUUGUUUUGAUGCUGGCACUGGGCAACUUUGUCAUUAGUACAGUCCUAGAGAUGUUUGUGGUCAAUUACUUAAUGUUUAAAAAGUUUCGGUAUUGUAACCACGAUCUUACUAGUUCGAGAAGGAAAUACCUGGCUGUCGACAGAGAGCUGGAUUUGGAUAGCGAAUGGCCUCAGAUAUCAACCCUCGGCUCUGUUCAGCAGUCUGGUAUAACCGGACAGGAUAACUUAGCUUUUGAAGACGAUGUUUCAAAACCUUCAAAAUACACAACCAAGCUAUAACAGCAAUGCUUUGGAACAAUGGUUCCCUAUCCUAAGAAAGAGGGUUUAUGAAUUUGUCAGUAGGUACUAUAAGAUCAGCUUGACAAUUCGUCAAUAGAAUCACUAGGCUAAUUGCGUAAGGAAAAACUGAAUAGUAUCUACCCUCAAAUUGACGACUAGGAUUAAUAAAACGAUUCAAUGAUAGAAACCUGUUUGCAGAUUUCAUGUCUUUGUGCGGUUUUAAAAAUCUGGAAGAGUAACAUUAUCUAGGACAUGGUGCUGUGAUUUAACAAAGUAUUUCAAAAUGAAGCUUCAAUAUUUGCUUCUGUAGAUGAUAAAAAUUGGUUAGAUAACUAUUCAGCUUCAGCGGGGAAGUAGUAUAUGUGUUAAGUUAUCAAUUGGGUUUAAAAAAAGUGUAACUAGUGCCUUCCAAAGUUUUUAAUUUUAAAACAAUUAUUAUAAUAGUGUACAAAAGAUUAAAUCAACCUAUGUAAGAUUACAUAGCUACCGUAUGUUAAUAGUGCCGUAUGUUGAUGAUGUCAACUAAAUAUUUUUUAGCUGUAAAAUAUUAAAUGUCUGUAUGUCCCCUUGUUUAGCUUAUGACUGCCAAUAGAAACACGCGGGCCUAAAACUUGAAUCUGUGAUACUUAAGCCAUUAAUUGGCUACGGCUUUAUUAAUUAGUUGUUACGAAGGAAAUCAGGGUUGUGAAGUGAAACGUGAUGAGCAAUUAGUUUAAGUUGUACAGUAUUUAUAUAAGUAGGAUAAUCGUUGUAUUAUGUAGCCUAAUGCUGAAAUAUUUUUUAUAUGUAUUUUUUUUCGACCAUGUUUAAAUAUAGAUUAGACAUCACUUAGCAUGAUUUAAACAAUCUUCCACAAUAUAAAUUAAAAGCCCCGUUUACACAACCACAGAAAACGUAAUACUAUAACCCAGAAUGCCAACCGCAUGGUAAAAAGCAUUAAGCGGUUUGAGAGAGCUUUGCCUGUCAAUCCGUAGGCAGCGCCACCAGCGUUGCCAUGCAAUAGCAUAGCGACGCUGGUGGCGCUGCCUACGGAUUGACAGGCAAAGCUCUCUCAAAACACUUAAUGCUUUUUACCAUGCGGUUGGCAUUCUGGGUUAUAGUAGUACGUUUUCUGUGACACAACCCGAUUUAGGGACCCUAAAUCGUGUCCAAUCAAUGUCGGCCCUAAAAUCGGAUCAAGUAAACGCGUGCUCCUGGUCACGAUUUGGCUGGCAAUCGGGUAGGGAGGUUUGGAAGGAUUUCCAUCAGCUUUGGGGAGGAAGGGUGGGGAUAGCUCACUUCUGCUAGGAACGGAUGUGAAUUCCGAAUCUCUACACCAGGCAAAUCUCUCAGUCCAACCUUGAUAUCUGGUCUGAGUUGUCUUUUAAGUUUUGUUUGUGGUUUUGAGAUGACGGAAUCUACUCCACAGAAGGAAAAAGACGUUUUGACGGUUACAGAAUGUUGUGGGACACUUCUCAAGCUUUGUAUUUCAAUAAAGAUGCAAGAAACUAACAACUUUUUAAAAUCUAAAAUGACGACGCUCUCCAACGAAGCAACACACUGAGCUCAGGUCGGACGCAGAGAACGGGUCGUGUAAACACAAUGCUCUGUUGACCAGGAACGGGAAAGGGUGGUCGGGAUCGGGUCGUUUAAACGGGGUUUAAAACGUUGACAUAGAUUAGACGUGUAUUGUUAAUUGCAGUAAAAUAAAAUAAUGAAUUGUUGUAAUAUUCACCAAAAUGAUUUUCAAACCUGUUAUUCUUGUAUAUCAUUAAGCAUUACUUAUACAGAAAAAAUGUGGUGUUCAUACAAUUAAUUUUACUUUUGUAACUUAAGAAAAGUUGUAAUAAAGAAUUUUG